AUGAUUCAAAUACUAAAACAAAGCAAUUAUAUUUCUACUCAAAAUUUAUCGAAAACUCUUGCUUCUGUUGAUAAAUUGGAUCUUGAUGAUAAGCAAACAACAAUCAACACUAAUAAAAUAAUAAUUCGCCAAUCAUCACCAUCAUCAAAUAAUUUAGCACUACCAUCACCAUUUAAUAUUAAUAUAAACAUUGGUUUUUCUUCUGUAAAGUAUUUAUUAACUUAA